GCGCGGCGUGACACAUGCAUCUCCGCGAGCAAACGACAACAUGACCGUCUGGCCCAGCUGCCGUGUAUUGUCAAAUGAUACUCAAGAACUCAAAAUUUGCGACUAAUUUCAAAGCGAUUGUAUGACAGACCAAGUGAGAAGCUACAACGUCUUUGUAUCCAGCAUUAGUUGCUCGCGAGUUGCUUGCGAUCGUUACAUGAUGAAGCAGUGCAAAUGCAGGCUAUCAGUAAGGUCUCCGAAUUUCAUCCCACACUCACAUACAUCAAAAUGUAUUGCUGCGCUUGCAGACCUCAAGCUCGAAAUCACUCAGAGCGAAGAAGCUAUUUGAAAGGAUAAAUGAGUUUUCUAGAAUAUUGAAUACGUUUGCAUAAUCAAUGAAGGUAUGAAGUAAG